UAUAUUCACAUGCACAUAUUGUGCGUUGCUUUGGUUUUCUCUGACUUUGUUUCUUUUCUGCAGGUAUAGAGCUAGAAGAGACUGGAAAAGAGGGUGGAAAAAGCAGGGAGGUGAUGAGGCUUAAUAAAGAAGAUAUGCACUUAUUUGGCCAUUAUCCAGCUCAUGAUGAUUUCUAUCUAGUAGUGUGCAAUAUCUGCAAUCAGGUAGUCAAGCCACAGGUUUUCCAGUCACACUGCGAACGACGACACAGUUCAAUGUGUAAACCUUCCUUGUCUCCAGCAUCUCCACCGUGCAAUUCCCGGGCAUCACUAAUACAGAUGAAACCGAAAUUGUGUAUCAGUGGCCAUAGCCCUGUCAGCAACAACUCAAAGCCAUUCAAAACACCCAAAGACAAUCUACUUACCUCCAAUAGCAAACAGCACAUGGUUUUUUCUUCAAAGGUAUCGAGGGAUAAGCCUUGUGUUCCCGUUCCUAUAGUCAGUCUAGAGAAAAUCCCUAACCUAGUGAAGGCAGAUGGUGCGAAUGUUAAAAUGAACUCUACAACCACUACCACCAUCACCACCUCCUCAGCGUCAUCAUCUGCCAUACCUGCUCCAGCCUUGGUUAAAUCUGCUUUGACAUCUAAAUCAGUGCAACCAUCACCAGAAAAGAUUCUGAAUGGCAAAGGAGGCCUAGCUCCGUCAGUAGAUAAGAAGCACCAGAACAGCACUAAAACCAGUAACAAGCCUUACAAGAGACUUUCAGAAAGAGAGUUUGACCCAAAUAAACACUGUGGAGUAUUGGAUCCUGAGACAAAGAAACCCUGCACAAGAUCACUCACCUGCAAGACUCAUUCACUGAACCAUCGGCGAGCAGUUCCGGGCCGCAAGAAGCAGUUUGAUGUCCUUCUAGCGGAACACAAAGCCCGGUCCCGGGAGAAAGAAGUCGCAAAAGAUAAGGAGCAUCCACAGUCUGUAAAGGAAAUGCAUCAGAACCAACCUGUACCAGCACAAGACCCUCUAUCAGGAGCUUUAGUAAACUCUGGGCAAGAACCCAAAGGAGUGUCGCCUGCAAAAUCUAGACUGCCCAAUUCAGUAUUUCCUAGAUCCUCCUUUACAAACAGCAUAAAUUGUACCAGUUCUUCAAACCACAGCGGGUAUGCACAGGAGCUUCCUUUGCCUUCCCUGCCGGGAGAUUUGUCUAGUCGAUUAUCUAGUGAUGAAGGGGAAGUGGACGUAUCUGAAGAAUCUGAAAAAUUAGACUGCCACUAUUCUGGACAUCAUCCGCAGCCUCUUGGGUUUUGUUCAUUUGGAAGUCAUCUGAUGGGAAGAGGAUACUAUGUAUUUGAUAGAAGAUGGGAUCAUUUCCGACUGGCGUUAAAUUCUAUGGUAGAAAAACACUUGAAUUCACAGAUGUGGAAGAAAAUCCCUCCUGCAGUCGAUAGCCCUACUCCCUCUCAGGCAGCGCAUAUCACAACCCCUUUUUCAGCAUCAGUUCUGCAGCCUUUCAGCAAUCCCAGUGCUGUGUAUAUUCCUUCAGCCCCAUUGAGCUCAAGAAUCCCUUCUUCCUACAUAAUGACUUCAGCCAUGGUAUCCAAUGCAGCUUUUGUGACAACUUCUGAUACAAACUCUGUUACAUCACACGCCACUACUUUCCCCCACGUAGCUGCCAGUCUGAGUAUCAUGGACUCUACAUUUAAGACUCCAUCAGCCGUGUCACCGUUGCCAUCAGUCGUACCUUCCUCAUCCCACAAGCCAUCCAAAGCAAAAACCAGCAAAUCCUUAAAAGUCAGAGAUCUGUCAUGCCGUGAUGAUGAGUCUUCAAGUAACAAAAAGAAAAAACUGCCUUCUUCCUCCUCCACAUUAUCCUUGCAGAAUUCAUCAUCGUUGUUUUCAGGGUCCCACAAAAAGAACUGUGUCUUGAACCCUAGUUCAAACUUAAACUCUUUUCAGGCUACAUCAUCUUUUAACAGUAUGUCUGUGCACAGCACAAACAAUGGAACAGCCCCUUUCAGUGCCAAACUGGAGUCCUCAGGACGAACUGUAUUAUCAAGCAGCUCGACAGACUCAGUGAAACAUAUGAGCAUUGUAGUUAGCAGUAUUGACUCCUCUGGUUUGUCGAUACCUUCCCUUGUUCAUCAUUCUGGGGACCAUUCCCUGGCAGCACACAAUGCAGUGUCUUCUGUGCCCCUUUGUUUUGACAAAUCAGAAGGGAAAAAACGUAAAAACUCUAGUUCUAAUAACAAAGCCUGUAAAAUCACUAAAUUGCCUGGUAUGAAUAGUGUUCACAAAAAGAGCACUGCCAACCUUAUUUCCACAGUGCCAGAUACUCCAAACAGUUCCGUCUCUCGGCAGAUUGGGAAAAACAGCAGUGUAGCUUUGUCUCAACCCAGUCCUUCAAGUGCAACAAAUCCAGUGCACAACAAACAAAAGACAUUAAACCGGACGGGUAGGAUAAGGACUCUCCCAUAACGAGGGAAUGCAACCAGCCAGCAAUCUCUAGCUCUUUAGCAACCCUACUUCUGAAUUACUUGUUUAUUGACUGAAUCCUGCAGAUGGUUUUAAUUUACAUAUAUUUGUGGUUUUUACAUUGAUCUUUUAAAAAAAAAAAUGAAAUCUACAUGAAGGUUGUAAAAUUGGUUUAUUUUAGUUUUGUUCACACAUUGGCCUCUGAUCCGUGCAAUCUGAUUUGAUUUGUAUUGAUGCUUUUUAAGCAGAUUGUUGCAUUGUUUGAUUGUUUCUCUAACACUAACAGCAAUGACAUUCCAAACUAAAGCCAUGUGUGGCUAAAAUGUAUUUAACCCCCCACUUUAUUUCAGAUUAACAGUAACUUCUGUAUUUAUUAUUGUCCUAUGGAUAAAAAAAAUUGCCAAGUGCAUUUCUCAGCAGUAUCUAACAGUUGGGGAAGUAUUUUGUACCCACAAAUUUCACUAACUCCUGUGGUGGCUUCAGUGAGCAGCGCCUCCUUUUUAUUAUGGUGUUCCUAAACUUUUCAAUGCCUGGAAAAGUUAAUGCACCUGGCUUCCAUUGGUGGGAUCACCGUGUGAAAAUUUUCACAUGUAGAUGGGGGGCCUUGAGGAAUCCAUGCUACUGUCCUCCCUUAUGAAACAAUUUGGGGGUUUUGCAAAGACAAGGUUUGGGCAUACUGAAUUUGCAUCAGUUGAAUUGCACUGACAAUGUUUUACAAGAAUUACUGAAUAAUUUUUUAAAAAUAAAAAAGAUUUUGUAAUCAGAAAAAUCAGUAAUACUAGGGUAACUGCAAAAUUAUUACAGAGGAGCUAACUUUUAUUUCUACAGUGUUAAAAAGUGCACUUAUAUGCUCGUUUAUUUACAUCUUGUGGGGAAAGAAGAAAGAAUGCAAAAAGGGGAGUGGUUACUUUUUUCUUUUAAAGAAAAGCCUAAGGCAGAUUUUAAACCGUAUAAAAUGUUUAACACUUGUAAACACAAAUAGGCCCUUUGGGGGGGGAGGGAUAGAAGAUAAAGUAAAUGUUAUAGUGUUAAUUUUGUAAUAAUUUAUGUUUUGCUAUAUUUUCAAGCUGACAGGAAUAGUUUCAUGAAUCAUAUGAAACUUAGGAAAGAUAAAGCAAUGUUUUAUAUUUUUGUGUACUUUGAGUUAUGUUUUAAUUGUACUUUUCUUCAGACUGAAAAAUGUGUACGUAUCUGUUAUUUUUGCACAGUUUUUUUCUUUUUUGUCUUCAAUUUUAGGAGCAAAGCCUUGUUUAAUGUGGGGUUUUUAACCUAAUUUAUUUUGUGCUGUAGAACUGCAGGAGUUUUAAAAUCUCAGUAAUACCCUCUAAUUUACUUCCAGAGGGAAAACAGUGGUGGUAAGAUUCAUUGGCUGUUUCUGAGAAUUUAUGGCAGUCUCACUGACUGAAGGAGCAAAUUCAGCUGUAUUAAGAAUUUUUUUUGUAAAAAAUUCUUAACAUGCUUUUUUAUUGUGUAGGAAGCUGGACUUUGGUGACUGUGGAGGGCUUUAUUUGAAUGCUGCUCACAUUUGUAUACUUUCCUUUUAACUAGCUUAGGCCUGACAGCAUUUUGGAAAUUAAAUAUCAAAUGAAACAUCCUAUCCCUUUAGUUCCCUACAUUGGAAAAAAAAACCACUAUAUAAUUUUAUGCAUAUAAAAGUAAAAUGCAUUUUUUAAAAUGGAUAUAAACUGGACUAGCCUGUAAUGAGUUUUAGCGUACCAUUCAUUCAACAGGGUUUUUUCCCCUCCUCUGUUUUUCCCCUGAAGACUUUGUGGUUCAUUUCUAGCAAUAGAGACUCAGAAGCUUCAGUUGUUAGACAUACGCAAUGCAUAGGCCUGUCAGCCAUAUUUAAAAUUUUUAAAAGUGCGCAACUUGUAUGCCUUCUUUUGUAUCAAUGUUAACGAUUGUACAUAAGUGUUGAUCAAUCUUUGUAGAGAAUAGUUUAUACAGCAGAUUCUAUUAUUGCUGAUUCUCAGUGAUCUAUUGUUUAAAACAAGAAGAAAAUAAUUUUUUUCUAUUUACACCUUAUAUUUUGUUACGCUGUUGACCCAUGGCACUUUAACAAAACUCUGUGGGUUUUGCAUAGCUGGUCAGUCAUGGGGAAUAUAAACAGUUGCACAGAAACGAAUUUGCACCUCGUCCGUUGUGCUUUCCUACUACAGAUUUUAGAAUCUUUUUCCAGAAAACUUUUGAAGAAAGCAUGUCCAGUCAUUCUGAAAGAAAAAUGCCAUACACACAGUCAACUUCUUUUCUACAAACCCAUAUUUUGUAACACUUAAGUAUUUUCAUUCUUCUGCACCUUUUAUGUAUUAGCAGUAUCAGAGAGAACCCAUUCCAUGCUUGUGGUAAUUCUAAGUGUUGAAAGUAGGUGUAAAUAGCAAAUUUAAGGCUUGCAAUUUUGAAAAAAGGAACAAAACAAAAAAAGAACAAAUAUGUAUCUGACUGAUACUGCCGGGGUUCAACACCAGGCCUGGAGAUAUUCUCUAGUGAACGAUUGUAUUUUUUGUUCAUUGUUUUUUUUUUUUUCGGGGGGGGGUGCUUUAUUAUUAUUUUUUGUAACAUGGCUUUGUAAAUAAAAUAAUUUAUAUGUUUGUAAAAAAAAAA